CCAGAGAACCUGCUCCUGGCCAGUAAGCUGAAGGGAGCUGCGGUGAAGUUGGCUGACUUCGGGCUGGCCAUCGAGGUGCAGGGAGACGAGCAGGCAUGGUUCGGUAAGAGUUUGACUUAAAACAUUCACAUUUACAUUACAUAAAAAGAGUCAUGCUAGCAAUGACAAAGAUGGAAGAUGUACAAUGACAGGAAGUCAGUCUUCAGACUUCCUGUCCUCUGACGUCAAAAACUACAGACCGGUAUUCCAUCUUUUCUUUCCAAAACACUUGAGCAUGCUGUCUCUGACCAACUCUCUCGUUAUCUCUCUCAGAACGAUCUUCUUGUCCCUAACUAGUCAGGCUUCAAGAUAGGUCACUCAACCGAGACUGCUCUCCUCUGUGUCACGGAGGCUCUCUGCACUGCCAAAGCUGACUCUCUCUCCUCUGUUCUCAUCCUCCUAGAUCUAUCCGCUGCCUUCGACACCGUGAACCAUCAGAUCCUCCUCUCCACCCUCUCAGGGCUGGGUGUCUCAUGCUCUGCACACUCUUGGAUUACAUCCUACCUGCCAGGCUGCUCCUACCAGGUGUCGUGGAGAGGAUCUGUGUUUGCACCACGUGCUCUCACUACUGGUGUCCCCCAGCUCAGUUCUAGGCCCUCUUUUCUCUAUGGUCUCUCCUAUCAUUGCUAUACGGAUGAAACUCAACUACUGUUCUCCUUCCCCCUUCUGACACCCGUGCCUAUCGCUGCUUGGAUGUCGGGCCACCACCUCAAACUCAACCUUGACAAGACAGAGCUGCUCUUCCUCCCUGGGAAGGCCUGCCGUGCUCCAAGACUUCUCCAUCAUGGUUGACAACUCUAUGGUGUCCCCCUUCCAAAGUGCAAAGAACCUUGGCGUGACCCUGGACAACACCCUGACGUUCUCUGUGAACAUCAAAGCAGUGAUUCACUCUUGCAGGUUCAUGCUCUACAACAUCCGUAGAGUACGACCCUACCUCACACAGCAAACGGCGCAGGUCCUAAAACAGGCACUUGUCAUCUCCCGUCUGGUCUACUGCAACUUGCUGUUGGCUGGGCUCCCCGCUUGUGCUAUCAAAGCCCUGCAACUUAUCCAGAACGCGACAGCCUGCCUGGUGUUCAACCUUCCCAAGUUCUCCCAUGUCACCCCGCUCCUCCGCACACUGUACUGGGUUCCAGUCGAAGCUCGCAUCCACGACAAGACCAUGGUACUUGCCUACUGAGCAGCAAGAGGAACUGCCUCUCCCUACCUUCAGGCUAUGCUCCAACUCUACACCCCAACACGAGUACUUAUUUCUGCCACCUCUGGGUUAAGGAAGGGGGGUUCCGGGGUCCUCCCCCACAAAACAAAAUAUGUAUAAGGACUGAAAAGCUUGGUUCUGGUGACUUUUUAAAAGGAAAGAACUCCAAUAAACCAUCUAAAAUAUAAGUUCCAUCCCCAGAAAUUAGCUCAAUAAUGUAUGAUUAUAGUAUACAGGAUGCAAUUUAAGUUUGAGUGCUGCAGCUAUCUAAAGAAACACAAGAGACCUUCUUUCUGAAAUAAAAAGUUUAUCUUGAAAAAAUUAACAGAGGAACAUUUGACUGAACAUGAAUUAGAGCCCACUAAUUCAUGUUCAUCACAAAAUGAGGGUUCUGACAAAACCUAGUGCAGACAUAGUAUACAGCCUUUGUCAGAGCACAUUAUUCUUCUGGGCUUUUUGAAAAAGAUUUCCAACACCCUCCUGUAAUUGAGCUCCUUGAUGGGGGGACCGUUGAUGGAGAGGCGGCUAGAUGCUCACCUUGCAGUCUGUUCCUCAAGUCUUUUUUGACCUGCAAUAAGAGAAAGAAUAAUAAGAGAAGGGAGAGGGACAAAGAGGAUCUACUUUCACAUUUAAAUGUUCUUACUCUUUUCAUUGCAGAGAAGUCCCUCUCACAAUUAACGGAAGACACUGGUAUAGUCAGUGCGAUUGCAGCCAGCUGGCUAAGGCAGGGGUAGACUGCCCCACUCAUCAAACUGCGAGGCCAGCUUUGUCAUUGCCGUCAGCUGGUCCAACCCCUGAAAUACAUGAAAAACUAAAAGAUGUACAACAUUAAAGAAGAGCCAACAGAGUGGUAGUUCAGCAGGAAAAAGGGUUGGACAACACUGGCCUAAAAUAUUAUCUUCAAAAGAUUGUCACACUCAUGCCAUACCUUGAAUGAUCCAACUAGCACAUGUUGCUUGUAAGAGGGCCACUCUUGCAGCACAGCAGCCUCUGGCGCUUGCAAGAACUGCCUGGAGAGGAGGGUCAGGUUGAAGGUGUUUAUCCUCUCAAUAGAGAACGCAGCCUGAGGGCCCAACACACUGAAGGCCCCCAGAAUCUCCAGGUGUUGGAACCUCCGGUCUAGGCUGUCCUGGAGGCCAACAAGAUAUGGAUCCAUGACCUAAUUACAGCACAAAACCGAAAAUAAGUGAUUAAUAGCUGUUUGUUUUAGUUUAUCCAACACACAUGAUGUAACAUUGGUUUCAUCACAGCAUUUGAAAACAAAUGUUUUUACCUGAACCGAGCCCAGAACAGCUCCCUGGUCUUGGUCUUCUCCACUUGGCUUCUCCCUCUCCUCUCCUCCUCCUCCUUGAUGUUGAAUGCGCCAAGACCCACUGGGUCAUCGAGGUCCUGGUGGAGUUGGCUCAGAAAUAAACACAUAAUGCUGUAGACUAGUACAGACUAAAUAUGCAAAAAAUGUUUUAGCCCUUAGCCUAAUUAAAGGAAAUUUGACUAACCAUGUGGCGUAUUAUAUAGCCAUGGCUUCAGUCUGUCAAUUCUAAGCCACUUUGGGUCCCAUCCGGAUUGCCGGUGGUGCACACUUGGCCUCACUCCUCUCUCCUCCUCCUCUCAUCUCCUUUUAUCUACUCCUCUUUCUUCUCCUUCUCUCUGCUCUCCUCUCUCCUUUUCUCCUUCCUGGCUCUCUCCUUUCCUCUGUUCCACUCUGCUCUCCCCUCUCCUUUGCUCUUUCCACCUCCCCUCCUGGGUCUCUCCUCUCCUCUGCUCCAUUCUGUCCCUCAUGCAUCCCUACCUCACUCCCGGGAUUCUGCCUCUUCUCUGUCUAGUAAAGUAAGCCAUAUACUUGUUAUAAAAACGAUAGCUUAGCUUUUAAAGAGUUAUCUAACUAAAGAAAGUUUCAUUUAAUUCAGGCUGAUUUGACGUUAGCUAGCUAAGUUAACGUUACCUGACACUUGUCCCCCUUUCUCUUUCACUUCUGUGGCUGGAAAUAUUUCAAUAUACUCAUCUGAGAAAAUCAAAUCAAAGACAGAUAACAUUAAAUGUAGCUAUCUUGCUUGCACUUACAGUUCCAAAUGAACUAGCUAGCUAACUUGUGUAACCGGUAUGAAAUGGCUAGCUAGUUAGCGGUGCGUACUAGUAGCGUUUCAAUCGGUGACAUCACUCGCUCUGAGACCUUGAAGUAGUUGUUUCCCUUGCUCUGCAAGGGCCGCGGCUUUUGUGGAGCGAUGGGUAACGGUGCUUCGAGGGUGACUGUUGCCGAUGUGUGCAGAGGGUCCCUGGUUCAAGCCCAGGUAGGGGCGAGGAGAGGGACGGAAGCAACACUGUUACACUUGCUAGACUAGUAACGUUAGUUAACCAUGUUUCUAUCAUCAACAUACUUGUGGAAAUUGGAUAGCUAAUUGCCGUUAAAAUUGUGGCAGCAAUAUUAUAGAUCUAAAUGAUAGUUUUUAGGUUACAGCUAGCUUAUGUAGUUAACUAGUUGGCUAGCUAACGUUAGUCAAACAAACAAGCUAACGUACCUUUCUUGCAGUUUCUCACGCAGGAGCACUCUGAGGUGAUUCAAGUGAAUUGUGUUUCGCACCGCAGAGCUUCUGUAUUGCGCACUGGUCCCAGGCGUGCCGUUUCUCGCUCAGGUGCAUUCUGAAGGGAUUCAAGUGAAUUCUGUUUCGCACCGCAGAGAGUCUGUAUCGAGCACUGGUCACUCGCGCACUGGUCACUGGCGCGCUGUGUUUCUUGAGUUGCAGGCUGCCUGCCACAGCUCACAGAGCUAAAUAACCUUCAGAACUGUGUUGAACCCAGACAGAUUAUCUAUUUACCAAGUUAAACCUAAUGUGCUUUACAGAACUUUAUUGAAACUAUGUUUGGUAGAAAUAGUGGCGGCAAUGAUUCUCCCGUGGCGCAGCGCCACACUUAAAUGAACGCAGAGGAUACACUGCACCACCCUCUCUUCUGCUCAUCCCUCCACUCCGUCCAUUGCUCUGCCUAGCAUCUCUCCAUCUCUCCCUCACUGGCAUAAUGUCGCUUGGCAUUUGCACAUGAAAGUAGUGGGCCCAGAGGUUGUGCAGUAUUGACAGUAGGGCUCCUCACCUUUUAAUCUGACGACUAUUUGAUUUGACCCCCCUGUGUCCAUCUCUCCAGACAGAGCUGUUUGAACCUGUCACUUACACCACACCCCAGAGAGAAACGGGCCAGCGGGCCUUGGCUGAGUGCCCACAUGCAUUAAUAGAUGUUUAUUAGAUCAGUGUAGAGGAAAAAGCUCCAAAUUAGCAGACUUGGUCUUAUCUAGCCAAUGAGCCAGAAGUCUGUGCCCACUGGCUGGUUCCAUCUUGUUGGAUCUUAUUACUACUCAUUAAUAUAGCUCUUCUGAAUGGGGAUGAUAGGGGGUUUUGAUGGAAUGCUGUGUUGGUACACUUCUCUUGCAAUGUCAUUACAUUAGAUCCUAGACUUUGUGGUUUUAUUCUUUUUGACACGUUAUUUGCUGCUGUAGGUUUUGCAGGCACUCCGGGCUACCUCUCUCCAGAGGUCUUGAGGAAGGACCCCUACGGCAAGCCAGUGGAUAUCUGGGCCUGUGGUGAGUGACUCCUCCAACCUGUGUAUGUGUGUACACAUUUUACUGUACUUGUGAGUACCAGAAGUCCUCAUAAGAAUAGUAAACCAACUACAAUUCAGAGAAGUGACGACAUUUUGCCGGUCCUCACUUGUAAAAAUGCUAUUUUAGGCUUAGGUUAGGUUUAGGGUUAGAAUUAGGGUUAGAAUUAGGGUUCGCGUUAGGCGUUACUGGUUAGGGUUAGGAGUUGGGGUUGGGGUUAGGGGUUUGGGUUAAGGUUAGGGUUAGGGAAAGUAGGAUUUUUAAUGGGAAUCAAUUGUUGGUCCCCAAAAAGUCCUCACAAGUAUAGUGAGACAUAUCUGUCUGUGUGUGUGUGUGUGUGUGUGUGUGUGUGUGUGUGUGUGUGUGUGUGUGUGUGUGUACUAACCCCCCCUGUGUGUGUUCUGUGGUUAGGUGUGGUCCUGUACAUUCUCUUGGUGGGCUACCCUCCCUUCUGGGAUGAGGACCAGCACAAGCUCUAUCAACAGAUCAAGGCUGGGGCCUACGAUGUGAGUAGUGACCACCUUCCUUUCUCUCUCUCUCUGUUUAUCAUUCACCACUAUGGGAUUAGACCAGAUUUGUGUGUGCAUGAUUAUACAAUGUCGAAUUCACUGAGAGCCCAGUGUUUGUGUGCCUUGUUAGUGUCCUUGACUCAGAGUAGUGAGUAAUAUCUUGUGUGUUUGUGUGAAUCAAUCUGUUUAUGUCGUUGUGUGUGUCUGUGUGUGUGUUUACAUACAUGCACGUGUUUGCUUGCGCUCGUGUGUGUAAGUUUGGAUGAGGCCUUGGGUGAGAGGGAUGGAGGGAGAGCUGUAGGGAAGCAGCGGAGUGGUGUUGGGUUGGGCUGGCAGGAGCUUUUAGCAGCACUCAGGCCAUUAACACUGCACUGAUGGGAGGAGAUGGGGAAGAGCCUCACUCUGUGUGUGUGUGUGUUUGUGUGUGCCUGUCUGAGUGCACACUUUUUCUCGAGUAGUGUUCCUCACACGCAGGCACGCAGUCCCGCACGCACACACUUCAGGUCCCCGCAACGACCCAAGUGGGCCCGGUCCAGAUUCUACUCUCCUUCAUUUUUAAUUGGCUGCGAUAGAGAGCUGUGUUUCCUGCCCAUUGAUCAUGUCAGAGCGGCCCUCUGCAGUUACUAACCAAGGAGACACUACAGCACUGUGUCAGCCAGGGACACAGCUCAAACUACUGCUUGAAGAACCCAAGCUAACAAGGAUGCUGUGAUGUGUAUACAUGCAGUAGGACUAUCUUUUGUAUUACGUGUACCUUUGGUUUGGGGCAGGGGUGCCAACCCCCUCUCCUGGAGAGCUACUGUACACUCUUGCAGGCUUUUGCUCCAACCCGAAUUUAGCACACAUGAUUCUGAUAACUACAGUAUCUGUUGACCAGAUACUUACUAACUACCUUCUAAUUCAGGUUCGGUUGUGUUACAACUGGGUUGGAGCAAAAGCUUGCGCACCUAGUAACUCUCCGGAAGGAUUAUGAGGACCAGCCAGGGUAUUAGUGUGGGGCAGCCGGCCGAAUGAAGCGGAAAGGGCCGCCAUGACCAGCACUACCUCCUCCUCCUCAGUCUCUCUACCAUUGCGCUCACUAUUUCAAUAAAUCUCCAUCACAAAGAGCACUGUGCUGUGGCGUGUGUUGAGUGUGUGUGUCUGUGCGUAUUUGUGUCUGUGUGUGUCCUUGUACCGUAUUGACAUAAUGUGCAUCUCUAACAUUUUCUCCACUUCUUUCUCUCUCUCUCCCCUCGUCCCCCUCUCUCUCCCUCCCUCCCUCCCAGUUCCCCUCCCCAGAGUGGGACACAGUGACCCCCGAAGCCAAGAACCUGAUCAACCAGAUGCUGACUAUCAAUCCUGCCAAGAGGAUCACUGCUGACCAGGCUCUCAAGCACCCAUGGGUCUGCGUAAGUCACCCCAUCACCAGGCUAUCACUUACAUGUAAUUUACCAUGGUUUUACUUGAGGAUGGAAUCGGUACUACAUUAUGGUAACGUUGGCCCCAUUAUACCUUCGUAACUGGUGCUGUGAUGGUGUAUUCAUUGAUCUGUUGUUCUCUGCUUUCCUCUCCUCCUUUUCCCCAAUCCAGCAACGCUCCACUGUGGCGUCCAUGAUGCAUCGUCAAGAGACUGUAGAGUGCCUGCGCAAGUUCAAUGCCAGGAGAAAACUCAAGGUGUGUGUAGACACACACACACACACACACACACACUUGGGUGCACACACAAAUGCACACAUAUAUCCCAUCGGUUGUGUUAGAGAGAUUGUAUACACCCCCUGUCCUUUGCACUAACCUUGUAUUCUGUGUCUUCCCCAGGGAGCCAUCCUUACCACCAUGCUGGUGACCAGAAACUUCUCAGGUGAGGGGGCAUCUGGGUGUUCGCAUUUAGAAUGGAAUUAGUGUUGUUCUAAGUUAUAGUAAGUAAAAAUGAUCCCAAGAUAGACAAUAAUACAUACUGUUUGUUCAGAAGUGUUGAGUAAUGAAAGUGAGUUUAGUGCCCUUACCUUAGAUUGAAUGUCCCUUAGAGAGGAAACUGCCUUGAAGACUCAGUAUAAUGUCUCUGAAACAGAAAUGUCCUAAGUAGAUGCGUUGAGGUUUUUGUUGUUAUAUAGACGUUAUAAAUAACAUAAUGUCAUUCAUAAUAAGGACCAUUGUAAACUGCAGAUGUGUAGAGUAGGUUGUUUGUCCUUGUAUAAAUCCACAACCCACCUGCAUCCCAAGAAUACUGGGAUACUAAGUUGUGUUCUAUGGCCCACGUAUCCUGGCUAAUUGAGACAUUCAGAGAACCAUUUGAAAUCCUAUCAGCACAUGAAGAGCUUGUCUCAGCCUUGUCUGAAGGCCUUUCUAUAAAGCACUAUCGUGGAGUACAGACAUUAGUCAUAGAGCUCUUGUGCUCGUAAGAAAGUAGUGUUGUGUGUACAAUGUUGCUUCAUAACACCGCAUAACUGUCACUUGUCGAUCUCAGUGUUUUGUGUGGCUAUUUUUGAAUAACUGGUUGUGAACAAUGAUGGGCCAUUGAAGGUGUUUUUUCUAACAUUGAGUGUGCACACUGGGUUAAGUAUCGGUAUCCGGCAGGAUAUACAGUUUAGAGCCCAUGGAUGUAUGUAUCUGCCCCCCCCCAUGAGAUGAAAAAGGUGGGUGAGUGGAGUGAAGCGGGGGCCAGGAUCUUAAAGAAGGAAGUGACACUGUGCUCUAGAGAGGCUCUGCCUGUUCCCUGGUUGGUCCCUCCCAACUGAAUGCCUCUCUGUCCAAUAGUGGGCCGACAGCACACCAGCCCUGCGGCCACCACCAGCACGGCUGCUCUGGCUUCAGAA